AGUUUCGUAUCAUAAACACUGAACCCUAGAGAAGAGCUGUUCCGAAAGAAGAGAUAAUAAGUAUUGCUGCACUUCAGUCAUCGUUGUUCUAAUCGAUUUCCGGUGUUUAUUUGCUGUUAAUGAUUUGCACAAACAAUCUUAUGUAUUAGCGUGUCAUCUAAGCUUUGAAGUAUUGAUUCGGUCAUGACCAGCAUCCAAUCACACUGUCCACCAYUCAGCRUUUAGCCUCGUUCAACUGGUCACACCACUUGUCUGUUGUUCACUAUUGAGGGUUAAGCGAUGGAUGUCUACACAAUCAUCUUGCUUGUUCUAACUGUGUUCUCUUCAACAUGUUCAGUAUCGRCUCUCAAAAGGUCUGGCAAGGAGGCGAGGUUGUCCCUCAAAACAAGACACAAGGCACAAUUAAUGUUGGACUCCAGCAAAAAAAUCAAACUCGGGGAAGUUUAUCUGUCGGGUUUGGAUGGACUUCGAGGAGAAAAGGCGGGAAAAUCAAAAGCAGUGAGAAUGCGCUCUGCUGUCAACAUAAGGUCACGAGGGCUAAUUAUUACAAUGAGGUUUCUAUUAAUCUCUUCAUGCUACUCCUUGAAUUAUGAUAUCUAGAGAACACGUGACAAGCUAGAAAUAGAUCACCACAGGAAUCCAAUAGCAUUGAUUCAUUACGGCAUGCUGUCUUCCAAAGUACAUAAUAUCUGACGUUGAAUUUGAUGGUCUAAAAGACAAACCAAUAAGACAAUCAUUUUUUUAUUCCAGCUGUUUUACCUAGGCAACAUUGUAUUAUAUUCGAUUCUUUUGUUUACUUUUUUCUUGUUAAAUGUGUUUUAACAAAGUUCUUUUAAUUUUAUCGAAAUAUACCAUAGUAAAUAAAGUGUAAGUAUAAUAUUUUUAACAAAGUCAGGCAGCACCAAUAUUUUGUGUGUAUUCACAUCAUGUAGCUUUAUAAUAUAGCCUUUCUAAAACAUAGUAUACUUUCAAAGCUUGGUUCUACUGUGCUACACUUGAUACACUCUGAAAUGUACAGAACACACACAUUGGGUUACCUGUGGUCUUGCUGUGCUAUACCUAAUACAAUCUGAAUUGCACAGAACACACACAUUGGGUUACCUGUGGUCUUGCUGUG